UCUUCUGAUUCGAAAUUGGGUUUUUUCCUAGGCCAGUGGUUCAUAGACGUUAACAUGUAUCAGAAUCACCUGGAAGACGCGUCAGCUCACGCGUUAGGUCUUACCCUGGAGUUUCUGGCUCUGGAGGUCUGGGCCCAAGAACUAACAUUGCUGGGAAGUUCCCAGGUGAUGCUGCUGGUCUGGGGACCCCCUUUGAGAACUGCUGACCUGGAGCACUUUUCAGAGUCAUUGGAGGCUUUCCUGCUGCUGCCCGUACCAGUGCACUAGGGAUGCUUGUUAAAGAUGCAGGUUCCUGGGCUUCAGGCCUGUUCCUUUGGGUGGGAUGGGGUAGAUGCAGAAAUGGUCAGGAGUUUGCAUUUUCACACAACCUCCUGAACCCUGGUGGGUUACAGGAAGUUUUGUUACUUUACUUGUCCCCAGCCUUAGUUUUCAUUAGUGAUGUCUCCGUCUAAGCCACAACUCCACGUAGCCCGUCUGAACUUUCCUAGCACUUACAGCCUGUCCCACGUGGGGCGUCUCUGCCCUGAAACCUCAGCAGCCAUCCCUGUGGGGAAGCACCCAGCUGUGAUUUCUCAGUGCUUGUUACAGUGCAUCUAAGACUAUGUAGAACCACCCCCGCUCCCCAAAAUCCCAGAUGGUGUCUAGACUCCCAAGGAGUUGAUGAUCUAGUGGGAAAGUCAACGAGGCAGCAGGGGCAUAAAUCAGAUGCCGCGGUGAGCCUUAGACAGGAGGGUAUGCAGAAGGCCUUAAUGGGGGGAGCAGCUGUGAGCAGCUGCCAAGAACGGCAGGAUUGGUGCUCUAACUUCAAAGGUGAGUAAGUAUCCUCUCGGGACCAGGGAGUUGAAGAGCUUCCCCGGGCGGAGGUGACCGUGGGUAUCAGGUGAAGAGCCUGAGAUGCUGAGCCUGAGACGCCAAGGCUGGAGCGAUGGGCCUGGGCUUCUGCUCCAUCCACCCUCUGACCCCAGCGGGCCUGGCUUGGCUGGCGGGUGCCUCAGGUGGGGCUUGGGAAAAUGACCAAAGCCAGUCUGUCCUGAGUAUCCAGAGGCCCGGUUAUGGGGCUGAGGGGAGCAGAUGAGAGCUGCCACUCUGCCCCAGGGGAGGCCUGGGCAUGUUAAGAACUCCUGGGAAGUCUGGGGGUCUCCAGUGUGGUGCCGGAGGUGUAAGGGGUGGGGGGCUACUGAGCUGGAGGGGGCUAGUCAACUUGUCCAGAAAGCCUCAAAAAGCUUUAAAGAAUGCUUAACGCCCACAGAGAACAUCUUUCUACAAAAGCCCAAAAUUAGCAGUGCCUUGUUUUGGACUAAGAAUCACUCUCCUGGGUGCCUCAGGAGGGGGUUGGAAAGGAGGUGCUCCGGCUCUUCACCCUCUGGCAGGUGAUACCACCUGUCAGGUGAUGCCCCACCUCGAUUGGGAAAACCCGCUUCCCCCACAGCCUGAACGUGUCCUGUUGCUCCCGGUGUCUUGAAUCUCAGCAUACAGGAACCCGCAAUACUCGCUCACACGUGGGUGCAGAGUGGACAAGUUACCUUCUCCGAGUAACAGCGCCCUUUCUUCCCUCCCCUUCGCAGGUGACUUCAGGGCUGGAGAGCGCCCAGCUCUGCCCCGGCCUCUCAGCCGUGCUUCCUGCUGCCUCCCGCCUGGCCUGGGCUCGGGUUCUGCCCCACCUUCCGCCUUCAGCCCAAACUUCACUGUACCUGCACGCGUUGGUUUCUCCCUCCUUUUCACACUGUCUCUCUCUCACCUUCCUCCCAGCUAAAACAUCUCCUCUCUCCUCCCCAGUUAAAUGGUACCCGUCCUACCAGACCACCUUCAAGUCCCUAUUCAUUCUCUGAAGCUGCCGCUGGCCAUCGUAGCCCUCAGCAAGUUUUUUCUUUUCUUUCUUUUUUUGGCUGCACCUGUGGCAUGUGGUAGUUCCCAGGCCAGGGAUUGCACCCAUACCACAGCAACGACCAGGGCCACAGCAGUGACAACACCAGGUCCUUAACCCAGUGUACCACAAGGGAACUCCAUCACUAAGUUUUUCUGAACGCUCUGUCCCACACACCGGCCCUUUCACUGUUCUUUAAUUGUUCCAUGUGAAUCAGUCGUGUCUCUUCAGCUAGAUUGCAGAGCUCUGGGAAGUGUGUCCUCCUGCACCCCUCCACCCCCAGCAUUCAGCCACAUGCGCACAGCGGGCCCGGCUGGGCAUGGCAGGGGUUCAGGGUGCGUGACCUCUGACAGGUGUGGAGUACUUUGGGUGGGGAAGGGGGCUGGUGGGGGGUUUCUUAGGAAAUCACUGGGGGAGAGGAGGGAACAAUCAGGCUCUUUAAGAAUCAACUCAGAGCACGUUCGGAGGGGGUUGGGCCAAGCCCCUCCCCCGCGCCCAGGUGCCAGCCCCCAGCGCCACCGCCACCCCAGCGGGCCGGGCGCUGACUUCAUAAAAGGCCGCCCAAGGAGCUGGCAGAAGCUGUCAGGCAGAGCGGGAGGAUGAGCUCAGCGCAUGGACAGCAGCAGCAGCAGCAGCAGCAGCAGCAGCAGCAGCAGCAGCAGGGGGGCGGCCGGAGGGGCCGUAGUUCUGGGGAGAAGAAGUCCAAAAAGCGCAACCGGCGCAAAGAAACCUACUCAAUGUACAUCUACAAGGUGCUGAAGCAGGUGCACCCCGACAUCGGCAUCUCUUCCAAGGCCAUGAGCAUCAUGAACUCAUUUGUGAAUGAUGUGUUUGAGCGGCUGGCCGGCGAGGCCGCCCGGCUGGCCCAGUACUCGGGCCGAACCACGCUGACAUCCCGGGAGGUGCAGACGGCCGUGCGUCUGCUGCUGCCUGGCGAGCUGGCCAAGCACGCUGUGUCUGAGGGCACUAAGGCUGUCACCAAGUACACCAGCUCCAAGUGACCCCAGAGGCUUGGGGUUAAUAAACAGUGAACUGCUCCUGUGCACUGUGGUGCUUU